ACUUCAAACCCGACAAUCUUACCACUCCCUUUGUUUGAGAGUUUUAGUUUUGCCCCAAUUCCACCAUUACCAAAUUCGUCGAAGCAUACCUCUCUUUACCUUGACAAAAUAAUGUCGACCGAAGUAGCGGCGGAGGUUGUGGAUGCGCCGCCUGCAACCGAGGUGGCGGAAGCCCCAAAACAACCCCAUAAAUUAGAAAGAAAGUGGGCGUUUUGGUUUGACACUACUAAACCUAAACCAGGCGCUGCUUGGGGUUCCACUCUUAAAAAAGCCUACGCUUUUGAUACUGUUGAAGAGUUUUGGUGCCUGUAUGAUCAGAUAUUCAAGCCCAGCAAGUUAGUAGCAAACGCUGAUUUCCAUUUGUUCAAGGCUGGAGUUGAACCUAAAUGGGAGGAUCCUGAGUGUGCACAUGGGGGCAAGUGGACUGUUUCUGCUAGCAGAAAUACGAAUCUUGAGACAAUGUGGCUUGAAACUUUGAUGGCUCUAAUUGGAGAGCAGUUUGAUGAAGCUGAUGAGAUAUGUGGUGUGGUUGCAAGUGCGCGUUCAAGGGGAGACAAACUUUCACUGUGGACAAGAAAUGCUGCGAAUGAGGCUGUGCAGAUGGGCAUUGGAAGGAAGUGGAAAGAUAUCAUUGAUGUUACAGACAAAAUUAAUUUCAGCUUUCAUGAAGAUGCCAAAAAGGAUAGCAAACAGAACAGGCGAUACAGCGUGUAAGACCUUGAUCUCCUCUGCCUGGGCUGUUCUGCUUAGAGGCAGCUUCAAAAUUUUGUGCGCUGCAGUUUGUUUUACCUUCGUUUAUUGUGGCCUUUUUAAGCCUUAGAUGGAAAUGAGCAAUCAACACGUUUUCCGGGUUUAUACCAUUAUUACAUUUCUUGUGAGCUGGUGACCCCUUUUCAAGUUAAUGACGAGCUAUAUUGCUGUAUUGCAUAUGUAAACAUACAGAAUUGAGCUUAUGCACUUUCAGAAAGUUUUCUUAGUA